GUCGCGCACAGCGCCCCGAGCCCAGGCGCCUCCCCGCCCCCCUCCCCGCUCCGCGGCGGCAGUAGCAGCAACAUGGCUGUUGAUGGGUGUUCCGGGUGGCGCUGGCGGCGGGAGGAGCUCCCCCGAGCCCCUGCGCCGGCCGCCCGUUGCUAGCUAUGGCAAACGGUGGCGGCGGCGGCGGCGGCAGCAGCGGCGGCGGCGGCGGCGGCGGCGGCGGAGGCAGCGGUCUUAGAAUGAGUAGCAAUAUCCACGCGAACCAUCUCAGCCUAGACGCGUCCUCCUCCUCCUCUUCCUCCUCCUCUUCUUCUUCUUCCUCCUCCUCCUCUUCCUCCUCGUCCUCGGUCCACGAGCCCAAGAUGGAUGCGCUCAUCAUCCCGGUGACCAUGGAGGUGCCGUGCGACAGCCGGGGCCAACGCAUGUGGUGGGCUUUCCUGGCCUCCUCUAUGGUGACUUUCUUCGGGGGCCUCUUUAUCAUCUUGCUGUGGCGGACGCUCAAGUACCUGUGGACCGUUUGCUGCCACUGCGGGGGCAAGACCAAGGAGGCCCAGAAGAUAAACAAUGGCUCCAGCCAGGCAGAUGGCACUCUCAAGCCGGUGGAUGAAAAAGAGGAGGUGGUGGCAGCUGAGGUUGGCUGGAUGACCUCCGUGAAGGACUGGGCGGGCGUGAUGAUAUCCGCCCAGACACUGACUGGCAGAGUCCUGGUUGUCUUAGUCUUUGCUCUCAGCAUUGGUGCACUUGUAAUAUACUUCAUAGACUCGUCAAACCCGAUAGAAUCCUGCCAGAAUUUCUACAGAGAUUUCACAUUACAGAUCGACAUGGCUUUCAACGUAUUCUUCCUUCUCUACUUCGGCUUGCGGUUUAUUGCAGCCAAUGAUAAGCUGUGGUUCUGGCUGGAAGUGAACUCUGUGGUAGAUUUCUUCACGGUGCCCCCCGUGUUUGUGUCUGUGUACUUAAACAGAAGUUGGCUUGGUUUGAGAUUUUUAAGAGCACUCAGACUGAUACAGUUUUCAGAAAUUUUGCAGUUUCUGAAUAUACUUAAAACAAGUAAUUCUAUCAAGCUGGUGAAUCUGCUCUCCAUAUUUAUCAGCACGUGGCUGACUGCGGCUGGGUUCAUCCACUUGGUGGAGAAUUCAGGGGACCCAUGGGAAAAUUUCCAAAACAACCAAGCUCUUACAUACUGGGAAUGUGUCUACUUACUCAUGGUCACAAUGUCCACUGUUGGUUAUGGGGAUGUUUAUGCAAAAACCACCCUUGGACGCCUCUUCAUGGUCUUCUUCAUCCUCGGGGGACUGGCCAUGUUUGCCAGCUACGUCCCUGAAAUCAUAGAGUUAAUAGGAAACCGCAAGAAAUACGGGGGCUCCUAUAGUGCGGUUAGUGGAAGAAAGCACAUUGUGGUCUGUGGACACAUUACUCUGGAGAGUGUUUCCAACUUCCUGAAGGACUUUCUGCACAAGGACCGGGAUGAUGUCAAUGUGGAGAUUGUCUUUCUUCACAACAUUUCCCCUAACCUUGAACUUGAGGCUCUCUUCAAACGACACUUUACUCAGGUGGAAUUUUAUCAGGGUUCAGUCCUCAAUCCACAUGAUCUGGCCAGAGUCAAGAUAGAGUCAGCAGAUGCUUGCCUGAUCCUUGCCAAUAAGUACUGCGCUGACCCGGAUGCAGAAGAUGCUUCCAACAUCAUGAGAGUGAUCUCCAUAAAGAACUACCAUCCGAAGAUCAGAAUCAUCACUCAGAUGCUGCAGUAUCACAAUAAGGCCCAUCUGCUCAACAUCCCAAGCUGGAAUUGGAAAGAGGGUGAUGAUGCAAUAUGCCUCGCAGAGUUGAAGUUGGGUUUCAUAGCCCAGAGCUGCCUGGCUCAAGGCCUCUCCACAAUGCUAGCCAACCUCUUCUCUAUGAGGUCAUUCAUAAAGAUUGAGGAAGACACGUGGCAGAAAUACUACUUGGAAGGAGUCUCCAAUGAAAUGUACACAGAAUAUCUCUCCAGUGCCUUUGUGGGUCUGUCCUUCCCUACUGUUUGUGAGCUAUGUUUUGUGAAACUCAAGCUCCUAAUGAUAGCCAUUGAGUACAAGUCUGCCAACCGAGAGAGCCGAAGCCGAAAGCGUAUAUUAAUUAACCCUGGGAACCAUCUUAAGAUCCAAGAAGGCACUUUAGGAUUUUUCAUCGCGAGUGAUGCCAAGGAAGUUAAAAGGGCAUUUUUUUACUGCAAGGCCUGUCAUGAUGACGUCACAGACCCCAAAAGAAUUAAAAAAUGCGGCUGCAGACGGCCCAAGACGUCCAUCUACAAGAGAAUGAGCCGAGCAUGUUGUUUUGAUUGCGGACGUUCUGAGCGUGACUGCUCAUGCAUGUCAGGCCGUGUGCGUGGUAACGUGGACACCCCUGAGAGAACCUUCCCGCUUUCUUCUGUCUCUGUUAAUGAUUGCGCCACCAGUUUCCGUGCCUUUGAAGAUGAACAGCCGUCAACGCUGUCACCCAAAAAAAAACAGCGCAACGGGGGCAUGAGGAACUCGCCCAACUCCUCCCCGAAGCUGAUGAGGCAUGACCCCUUACUAAUUCCUGGCAAUGAUCAGAUCGACAACAUGGACUCCAAUGUGAAGAAAUACGACUCUACAGGGAUGUUUCACUGGUGCGCAGCCAAGGAGAUCGAGAAAGUCAUCCUGACUCGAAGCGAAGCUGCCAUGACUGUCCUGAGUGGCCACGUCGUAGUCUGCAUCUUUGGGGAUGUCAGCUCAGCCCUGAUUGGCCUCCGGAACCUGGUGAUGCCGCUUCGUGCCAGCAACUUCCACUACCAUGAGCUCAAACACAUUGUGUUUGUGGGAUCCAUUGAGUACCUCAAGCGGGAAUGGGAGACACUUCACAACUUCCCCAAAGUGUCCAUAUUGCCGGGUACGCCAUUAAGUCGGGCUGAUUUAAGGGCUGUCAACAUCAACCUCUGUGACAUGUGCGUUAUCCUGUCAGCCAAUCAGAAUAAUAUUGAUGAUACUUCGCUGCAGGACAAGGAAUGCAUCUUGGCGUCACUCAACAUCAAAUCUAUGCAGUUUGAUGACAGCAUCGGGGUCUUGCAGGCUAAUUCCCAAGGAUUCACACCUCCAGGAAUGGACAGAUCCUCUCCUGACAACAGCCCAGUGCACGGGAUGUUACGGCAGCCAUCCAUCACGACUGGGGUCAAUAUCCCCAUCAUCACAGAACUCGUGAAUGACACUAAUGUUCAGUUUUUGGACCAAGAUGAUGACGAUGACCCCGACACAGAGCUGUACCUCACGCAACCCUUUGCGUGUGGGACAGCUUUUGCCGUCAGCGUCCUGGACUCGCUCAUGAGUGCGACAUACUUCAAUGACAAUAUCCUCACCCUGAUACGGACCUUGGUGACAGGAGGAGCCACACCAGAGCUCGAGGCUCUGAUUGCUGAGGAGAAUGCACUUCGAGGGGGCUACAGCACUCCCCAGACACUGGCCAACAGGGACCGUUGCAGAGUGGCCCAGUUAGCUCUGUUGGAUGGGCCCUUUGCAGACUUAGGGGAUGGUGGUUGUUAUGGUGAUUUGUUCUGCAAAGCUCUGAAAACAUAUAAUAUGCUUUGUUUUGGAAUUUACCGGCUGAGAGAUGCCCACCUCAGCACCCCCAGCCAGUGUACGAAAAGGUACGUCAUCACCAACCCCCCCUACGAGUUUGAGCUGGUGCCGACAGACCUGAUCUUCUGCCUGAUGCAGUUUGACCACAACGCCGGCCAGUCCCGGGCCAGCCUGUCCCAUUCCUCCCACUCAUCACAGUCCUCCAGCAAGAAGAGCUCCUCUGUCCACUCCAUCCCGUCCACAGCAAACCGGCCAAACCGGCCCAAGUCCAGGGAGUCCCGCGACAAACAGAAAAAAGAAAUGGUUUACAGAUGAACCGGAUAAUGCCUAUCCCAGAAACAUUCAAAUCAAGCCCAUGAGUACCCACAUGGCUAACCAGAUCAACCAAUAUAAAUCCACAAGCAGCCUGAUCCCUCCAAUCAGAGAAGUUGAAGAUGAAUGUUGACUCCCAGGAGACCAGAACUAUUUUUUUAAAGCCUGACAAACUUCAUAAAUGGUGACGUGACUUCUCUUCCUCUUACACGCUGAAUCACUGGUGGAAACAUUAGGAUAAGCAAGAAAAUAAAGUAGACAGAUCUUUCUCUUUGUCUGCCUUGAAUAUUGCUUCCAUGUACUUUGGAAAAGAAAAUGAUUUCAUUUAUAAAUGAACAUACUGAAAUAGUCAUGUAUAGCUUCUAGCAUUUUAAAUUAUUUUUAUUUAUUAGAAAGAAAAUAUAUUUUUUCUUUUUUUUCAUUGUCAAAUAUCUUCGCUUAUAGCAAAUAAUGCAAAAUCAAAAGGAAUAAGUGGCCAGACUCCUCAAUGCCAUUUCUCUUUGUUCUCUCUUUUUCUUUGAGGAGAGUGAUGGGCACUACCACAAUUAAUUGUAACUAAGGGAAAUGGAUUACUAACACAAUUUUAAAAUGGCCAACAAUGUAUACAUGUAUUUUAGCAAAU